AUCCGCUUUGCCGGGUUCACGCCCUUCCCUCCGAGCAUGCUCAGAGUACUAACGCCCGCGGGUCGUGCCCGGAGCGCGUAAGAGCCAAUCCGCAGCCGGUGCGCGACUGAUUGGCGUCCAGCGGCAGAGGUUCCGGAUUCUGAUUGGACAAUCCUGCUGUUGUGGGCGGGUCUACAAAGGCGGAGGCCGGAAGUGCAGCAGAUUUGCUCCUGCCUGAGCUGGGAUCCCCGGGGUCGUAAGCUUGCCAUGGCUGCGCUGCGAAGGCACGUGUUUGUUGGAAAAGUACUGAAGAAACUUUAUCCUGAGGUUUCACACGGCCAAGAAAAGAAGGCCCCUGUGACUCCAGCUUCCAGAAACCCACCUGAGAAAGUGGCUCCUGAGAGAGAGAAGGGCCAGAGUGCCCCUCCUGAGACAGGUGGUGACACUCGGGUCCAGCCCACCCAGCGGCUCUAUACCGUGGGCCUGCCUCCUGAGGGGUGGGUCCCCCCUCUGCCAGAGCCGCCAAGCUGCUCAAGUUCAGAGAGCUCUUCCAGCAGUGAGGACACAGGAGAUCAGGAUCUUCACGAUCUGCCAAAGAGAAGAAGAAUUAGAAAGCAUAAAUCAAAGAAAAAAUUUAAAAAUCCCAAUAACAUCCAUGUAGAACCAGCAGAAUUAGAGAAACAACAGAGUCUUCUGCAAGAAAAAUUGCAACUAUGGCACACAGAUGGCCCCACAAUAAGCAAAAAUAAAAAAAGGAAACUCAAAAAGAAACAGCAAAUGCAAAGGAAGAAAGCAGCUGGCUCACUAACAGGAGCCUCUGGCGUGCACUUCAUGUACCAGCCUGAGGAGACCAGCAGUGAGCAGGAGGAUGUGCGAGCGACUGAUGGAGAGAGCGCCUGGGGUGCCACGGGGGGCGGGUCUGCGGGCGCUGUGGAGGAGCGGGUCCUGCCCCUUGAGGAGGCAGGAGUCCCGGAUGCUGAGGAGGAAGAGGUGAAAAGUACCAAUGAAAAGGCAGAUGGUAUCCUGAACUUUUUGAAGUCAACACAAGAAAUUUAUUUUUAUGAUGGUGUCUCCAAGGAUUCCGAUUCUGGUGUCUUUAUGGAAAGCACCAACAAGCUAUUUAAACAACUUGAAACUCACAGAGUGUCCCCCUCAGACGUGUUCAUUCUGGAUCACAUGAAAACGCUGCUACUUUUGCAUGACACCAAGAGAUUGAAGAGCGCCCUGGACGUGUUCCCAGAACACUGCAGGAUGCCACUCCAUUUAGAUGCUCAUCCAGUUUUUUAUUAUAUUCAUAAUGGAGAAUGAAGAAGAGGGGAACUAAUAUUUAUUGAGCACCUACUGUCUGCCAGUGUAUCCAGGACCCUGAGAGGCAGAGUUAAGAACUGCUGCCGCCCCCACUUCUGCCCGGUUAACCAGGCUCCUUGGAGAAGCAGCCAGUUCCAGGUGUGGAGACAAGUGCGAGGUGAGUGCAGAGUAUCUUGUUCCCGAAGCAAGUAGAUGCUCACAGCUGUGAAAGGACAUAUCGUAGUGACAGCUUCAAGAGUCUCCCACUCAGCAGAUUGGGACUAAUGUAGAUUUUCAAGAGAACAGUGAUAUAAACAGAUGAAUAGUAAUUCCAGUGGCACUAAGGACAGGAUGGGGAAGGCGGGGGAGGAGCUCUUUGCUCUCCUCAGGGAGGUCAGGUUAGGGCUGAAAGGCCCAGCCCUCUAGUCUCAGGAUGGUCCCAUGGCCACCAGCCCAAUUCUGCAGUUCUGGGGCCUCACCAAGAGUCACCUCCUAGCACAUAAAAAGUCACAUGUCAUGCUGGAGAAUCCAGGGUCUUAGAGGCUCUGUGUCAGGAACCUGGAACAGAAACCAAGUUUAAAUUACAUCAGUGUCACCACCCCAGCAGCCCCUGCCUUCUUGGGCUCCGGGGCAGGACAGACCCAUGUGACCAAAGGUCAGUAUCAGUUUCCGCCCUGUCCUCGAUGGAGAGAGAGCAGAGAGGGUUCCUCCCCAGAGCCAGGUGUGCACAAGGGAGUGUUGCAUGACGCGCCCCGCCCCCACCCCCCCCACCCCCCCCCCGGGGACCUAUUCUCACAGGAGGGGCUGCUGAGGGGCCUGAUUGGAUGCCAGGUGUGAGGACGACUGGAUCGUGAUCAAGGUAGACGUGAGCAUCUGGUGCAGCAGGUGGACCGGUCAGCUGUGCUCAGUACAGACGCAAGGCUGCCAGGGAUGGGUGUCACAGAAGGAAGCUAGGAAGGAAGCUUGGAAACGGUGUUCAGACAGCUCCUCCUCCCUUUUCUUCCCUCCCCCUUCUGAAUUCCCCCCCAAAGCGCAGUGAAGAGGCUUUUUAAAGGCAGGGAUUCAUGACCUACAGCAAUGGGGAAGGCAGAACUGGAAGCUCUAAUUCUGGUCUUGGUACAAGAAACAGGAACCAACACGAUUUACCUGGAAGAGCAGGUUGUUGUGGUGUUGUGGUGUUGUGGACUGAACGUUUGCCCUCCCCCCACCCAAAUUCAUCUAUGCGUCUCGUUACUGUAACUUAUUAUGAUCUGUGACCCUCCAAAAAUCCUAACGCCCAAGUGAUGGUUUUGGGGGGGUACCUUUGGGAGGUGAUGGGGUCAUGAAGGUGGGGUCCCCGUACAUGGGAUCAUUGCCCUGAUAACAGACUCCGCAGAGCUCUCAGCCCCUCCUCCACAUGCGGACGCAGUGAAGAGACGCCAUCUGUGAGCCAGGAAGCUCUUAAUUACUAUACCUUUCCGACACUGGUCUUGGAGGCCCAGCCUCCAGGACUGAGAAGUAGGUGUCUAUGGUUCACACGCCCGCAGUCUGUGGUCCACUGUUACAUGGCCUGAGCAACUGACAGCCCGUGCUGACUAAGCCCAGAUGCUCAGGACUUGGCCACAUCAGGUCCUGCAAAGAAGGUGAAGGUCAUGGCUGAGAUGAGGGUGAGUUAAGAAGCUCUGAGCCCUGAGCCCCGCCUAGCAUCUGUGCCUUUCCUGGGUCUCUGGAGAAGAUACAGCAGAGGUUCCCUGGAUGGGGCCAGGUGCAGCUUGAGCAGGACUCCCCUCCCAACAGUGGGUGUUGGGGGGGUGUCUGCCCCGUUCUCCGCUCAUUGCUCAUCCCUCAGGCCACUUCCUCCUCACACCCCUGGGCCCCCAGCUGGUCCCCUGCUCUGCCAGCCCCUUAACUCAUCCUUCUUGGCUCUCACCAUGCAGGCUAGCCCCCUGCGUGUCUGUGUGACCUGCGAAUGAGCCCGCCUGCAGGUGCCAGGACCCUCCAGGUGACACACCUGGGAGUGUGUCAUCUGCUGUUGACAUUGUGUCCUCAGCAGUGGGUUGGGGCUCGGUACACAGUGGGACUCAGUGAACACUUCCUGAGUGGAACAGUGGAUGACGGCCAGGGACUCAGCACAGGACGUGAGGAGGGAAGGCAGGUCUGAGAAGCGAGAGACGGGAUUGUCAAGAACAGGAUGGGUAGUUGAGCCCGGGAGGACCCCCAGCUUCCGAAGCACAGGAAGAAAACUGCACAGGGGCUACUACGGUGCAAACAUAAACCCCCAGAGCUGAGCACACAGAAUUUGUAAGUCUUGUGGGAGAACAAACGAAAGCAACCAGGAGAGUUUGGAAAGCGGGCUCAGACCAGGUGUUGGAGGAGGUGUGGGCAGGGCAGCCAGCCUGGAGAGGACCCAAGGACCACUUUAGUCAAGCGUGGGCCUCACCUGUGGCUCUGCACCUCUGCUUUGGGUGCAUUGCUCAGGGAAGUUCACACAGGUCCUCAAGCUUACCACAAAGGUCCUCGAGUCAGCAUCACUUGUGGUGUCUGCAAGCAGGAGGCUGCCUGGUGUCCACCUGUGAAUGGGGAUAUAGUGUGUGUGUUAGAAGCAACAAAUUAGAUGGACAUGUAGCCUCACAGGUGCAGUGCUAAAAGAACAUGCUCAGAGGGAAAGUAAGAAACACGAUGAUGACAUGGCCACAUAAAACAUUUUCACAAAAAUCCAUGCACAUAAAACAAUAGAAGAAAUUUUGCAAGAAUGUAUUCACGUAGAAAGACCCAUGGUAGAAAGACUGCCCAUGGCAGAGAGAGGGGAGAGGGAGUAGAGAUAAGAGGAUGAAUGAGAAUAGAAAGCACACCAGAGAUCAACCAUGUGCAGAUCAGGAGUGGUCAUGUGGGGAAAAGUGAGCAGCACAAUUAAUUCAGCAGCUGGGAUCGUAAAAGAACCAAUCAACCAUGCAACCAGCUAAACCCAUCAGCAGUACAGAUACUUAGCCCGCCAGUUACUCACCAACCAACCCCCAAACCAACGACUCAGCCAACCACACAACCAAUGAAACCAGUCAACAACACAGUUACUUAACCAACCAAUCACUCAACCAACCAACCAACCACACAACCAACUAAAGCAAUCAAUAACACAGCCACUCAACCAGCCAAUCACUUAAACAACCCACCACACAACCAAAUUUACAAUGAACUAAACCAACCAACAGCACAACCACACAACCAACUGCACAACCAGAUAACCAACCUCAACAAAGAAAAGACUAGCUACUCAAUGUGGGUGGGUAUUUGGUGCACCAGAGCACUUGUAAGUUGAAACAUGAAAUCCAUACUUUUGUAAAAAUUGAAGUCCAUGUGAGCAAAGGGCAAAAGAACACUAAUGAAAUUCAUGCUAGAUUUUUUAAAUGUCAGAAGAUCCUGAGACUCCUGGCUGUGCUAACACACACAUACAUUUCUCUGCAGGCUUCAUUAUUUGCUAUGUUUGAUGCCCUUACAGCAUGCCUGCAGCUUUGGGGUUUGAGUGUGAGAAUAAAACAGGGUUUAUCACUGUAAGUUAUGGCGUGUCAUCUCCUGUCUAGAGACCACAGAGGCCUUGUCUGUUAGAAGGUCUAGGCCUGGAGGAGAAGCAGGCCAGCACUGCUUGUCGCCCUGAAGAUGAACACAUGUCCGGCAGGGCUCCUGCUGCAGCCCAGCUGUAGCCCAGGCUCUUUGGGGACCAUGAGCAGAUUGCAUCUGCUUUCCUGGUUCCUCUGCCUUCUCAGCGGCUGCUGCAACCGUGGCUGAAGGGAAUCUAUAACUAACAGUAAUUCAAACACCAAGUUGGCCAAGUUGGUAAAUUGUUGACUCUUUAAUUUCCUUCAGAUGCCACUCAUGUUUCCAAUGUGCAUUCUUAUUUUUUUUUUUAUGACAUGUGUUUUAUCUAUGCACAUACCUUUUUUUUUUUUUUUUUUGCAGCAUUUGGGAUCUUAGUUCCCCGACCACACUCCCUGCAUUGGGAGGUCAGAGUCUUAAAUAUUGGACCACCAGGGAAGUCCCAAUGCUUGUACAAUUUUGAAUUAGGAAAGAUUCAACCUUUAUUCAUAAAAUUACUAGUCAGCAUUGAAAAGGGGAGUGAGGACCCAGGCUUCAGUGCCUGAGCAAGAGGGCAGUCAGAUGUUGCAGAGAUGUCUUGUUGAGAGGCCACGCGAGCUGGGCGGCUGCACUGCAUCCUAGGGCAUCCUUCCCUAGUUUUCUGAGCUCUGUGCUGCCUGCUUUCCCCUCUCAUCCAACUUGCAGAGGUUUGCUUGGUGCUCCAGAAACCUUUCCUGCAUUUGUUCUGUGUUAGCCCUGCUGGGGCGGAGCCUGGGGAAGGCCUCGAUGGAGGGGAGGGAUUACAGAGGAUGUGGGUGUGUUUGGAUGGCCGUGAGAGCUGGGGAGAGCUGGAGUCAGGUCUGGGCAUUUCAGUCCUGCUUCUAGAAAGUAGGGAGGGGAGCCACUGCCCCCUAGUCACCUUCAGCUCACAAUGGCCUUCUUACCAAAGAGGUGUGGGGGUAGGGGCCAGGCGUGUUCUGCCCCGGGUCUUCUGGCUCCUCCAGGGCUGUGGGCGGUGGAGCAGGACUCUGCACACCUGCCCCAGGGUUGGUAAGGGGGAAGUUGGAAAUGGGAGAAGGCAGGCCCGGGGCAGACUGGGGUGGGAUCCUGGGUCCAUGAGUCUGCGCUGCCCAGCAUUCCUCAGCCUUUACAGAGGCCCAGAGAACUCUGGGCAAAAGACAGAAACUUAAGAUAAAAGAAGCAGUAUAUCUUCUGGGGAAACCAAAGCUACAAGGGGAGCCUCUUGGAAAAGCAGGAGCCAAUGCUGUCAGAGAUGCAAGUAGGGCUUUGUUCGCUCUGUCGAUCAAUCAUUCAGCAGGGAUGUGGGCAGGACCAGGGAGAGCAGUGCUGGACCAGAAGCAGAGGGAAGGCUCCCUCACACAAAGAUAAGGAGGUAUGAGGCCUGGCUUCCUGGUGGAAUCCAAACAGGUGCAGACAAGACACCUUCCCCCUACUAUUAAAUUAUCACUUGAACAGUAUUUGUAGAUGCGGGACAGGAGGUACCUUUAAAGAGAUACUUUAGGGUACAAACUAUUAACUUCUACAGUAUCAUUAAACCACCAAGUUACAACUGUUGGUACAUGUAACAGUGCUUUCCAUGCAGUUCACAGACCAUUAUAUUUACUGUGGGGAAGAAUCUCUUAGAAGAAAUGGAGUAGCCCUCAUAGUCAAUAAAAGAGUCUGAAAUGCAGUACUUGGGUGCAAUCUCAAAAACAACAGAAUGAUCUUGGUUU